GUUGGCGCCUGUUUUCGUACGCAGUUGUGCUGUUUACUGCAAGUUGGGCGCUGGGUCUUGCCAAGAACCACAUAUCUCGUCAAGAAGAAGGGAGAAAGGUUCUAAGCAUGAAGCGCAGUUCUGUUUCCACCGGUGGUGCUGGCCGCCUCUCCAUACAGGAAUUGAGAUCCCAGGACCUCGAUAAACCAGGCAUAUAUACCCCUCAAACCAAAGGGAGAGCAACCUUUGGAAAGCCAAGCACAAGCAAACCUGCAUCUGAAAGAAAAGUCUCGAUAUUUAGUAAAAGGACCAGUGGGCAUUCAUCCAGGAAUAGUCAACUUGGUAUAUUUUCCAGUUCUGAAAAAAUCAAGGAUCCAAGACCACUUAAUGAUAAAGCAUUCAUUCAGCAAUGUAUUCGACAGCUCUAUGAGUUUCUUACAGAAAAUGGUUAUGUAUAUAGUGUGUCCAUGAAGUCUCUCCAAGCCCCGUCAACCAAAGAUUUCCUAAAGAUCUUUGCCUUUCUGUAUGGCUUCUUAUGCCCAUCAUAUGAAAUUCCUGACACAAAAUUUGAAGAAGAGGUUCCAAGAAUUUUUAAAGACCUUGGGUAUCCCUUUGCACUGUCCAAGAGCUCCCUGUAUGCAGUGGGAGCCCCUCAUACCUGGCCUCACAUCGUGGCAGCCUUGGUAUGGCUGAUAGACUGCAUCAAGAUUUAUCGUGCCAUGAAAGAAAGCCCACCUUUAUUUGAUGAUGGGCAGUAUUGGGGAGAAGAAACUGAAGAUGGGAUUAUACAUAAUAAGUUGUUUCUGGACUACACCAUCAAAUGCUAUGAGAGUUUCAUGAGUGGUGCUGACACCUUUGAAGAGAUGAAUGCAGAGCUGCAGUCGAAGCUGAAGGAUUUAUAUAAGGUAGAUGCGUCCAAGCUGGAGUCAUUAGCAGCAGAAAACAAAGCACUCAAUGAACAGAUUGCAAGAUUGGAGCAAGAAAGAGAAAAAGAACCGAAUCGUCUAGUUUCGUUGAAGAAAUUGAAAAUGUCCUUGCAAACAGAUGUUCAAAAGUAUAAAGCAUACAUCAGCAGUUUGGAGUCACAUUCGUCCAUCUUAGACCAAAAACUGAGUGGUCUUGAUGAAGAAAUUUGUAGACUAGAAUUAGAAUGUGAAGCAAUGAGACAGGAGAACGCUCGGCUACAGAAUAUUGUUGAUAACCAAAAGUACUCAGUUACAGACAUCGAGAGAAUAAAUCAUGAAAAAAAUGAAUUGCAGCAGACCAUUAAUAAAUUAACCAAAGACCUAGAGACUGAACAACAACAAAUGUGGAAUGAGGAAUUAAAGUAUGCCAGAGGCAAAGAGGCGAUUGAAGCACAAUUAGCAGACUACCACAAAUUGGCUAGAAAAUUAAAGCUUAUUCCCAAAGGUGCUGAGAAUUCCAAAGGUUAUGACUUCGAAAUUAAGUUUAAUCCUGAAGCUGGUGCCAAAUGCCUUGUCAAAUACAGGGCUCAAGUUUAUGUACCUCUCAAAGAGCUCUUGAAUGAAAGUGAGGAAGAAAUUAGCAAAGCUUUAAAUAAAAAGAUUGCGCUGGAGGACACUUUAGAGCAACUGAACACCAUGAAGACGGAGAGCAGGAGAAGUGUGAGGAUGCUGAAGGAAGAGGUGCAAAAGCUGGACGACCUUUACCAGCAAACUGUGAAGGAGGCUGAGGAACAAGAUGAGAAGUGUGACAGGGAGCUUGAAUCCCUGGAGAAACACAAGCACCUACUGGAGAGUGCUGUGAACGAGGGCCUCAGCGAAGCCAUGGAUGAGCUAGAGGCUGUCCAGCGAGAAUACCAACUGGUUCUACAAAGCACAGCUGAAGAAAGGAGAAAAGUGGGAAGUAAUUUACAGCAUCUUUUAGAGAUGGUUGCUACACAUGUAGGGUCUUUGGAAAAGCACCUUGAAGAACAGACUGUUAAAGUGGACGGAGAGUAUGAAGGAUGCAUGUCUGAAGACCUCUUGGAAAAUAUCAAAGAGAUUGCAGAGAAGUACAAGAGUCGCGCUGCUCUAUUUAAGACUCCUGCUGAAUGAAGAUAAAUUGAUGGUGGCUGUCUUGUAUCUGUCAUAGACGUAUAUUAACUAAAAAUAUUUAUAUCCCAAAACUAUGGUAACUUGGUAGAUUAGCCUUUUCAG